UUUUGAUCCCUCUUUGUUCAUUAGACUCCGAACUGUGAGUCAGUGAGGGAGUCGGUCGGCAAUCGCCAUGGCUGUUGGAAUGCACAAUUACGUGACUCCUACAUUAAACCCUAACCAAAAGGGGUUCUCUUUUUCUUCACCUUUUCUAAGAACUCAACUCUCUGUUGGUCGUGCCUUAUCUUCUUAUUCAUUUCCCUCAAUCAAAUAUCCAUCUUUUUCAUAUUCAAGAAGAAACCAACUUCCUAAUUUCAUCAAAUGCUCUGUUUCUGAAGCUGAGGCCACUGAAACCGUUACCGAGAAGAAGAUCACAUUAGUGAGGAGAAAUGACAUAAGGAAUAUUGCAAUUGUUGCUCAUGUUGAUCAUGGAAAGACAACUCUAGUGGAUGCAAUGUUGAAACAAGCAAAAGUAUUUCGUGAUAAUCAAGUUGUGGAAGAAAGAAUAAUGGACUCAAAUGACUUGGAGCGUGAGAGGGGAAUUACAAUUCUCAGCAAAAACACAUCUAUUACCUAUAAAGAUACGAAAAUGAAUAUCAUUGACACUCCGGGCCAUUCUGACUUUGGAGGUGAAGUAGAACGUGUGCUUAAUAUGGUGGAGGGAGUUCUUUUAGUGGUUGAUUCUGUUGAGGGCCCUAUGCCACAAACAAGAUUUGUUUUGAAGAAAGCUCUUGAAUUUGGCCUUGCUGUUGUUGUUGUUGUUAAUAAGAUCGAUAGAUCUUCUGCUCGUCCAGAAUUUGUCAUCAAUUCAACCUUUGAACUCUUCAUUGAACUAAAUGCAUCUGAUGAACAGUGCGAUUUCCAAGCAGUAUAUGCAAUUGGUAUAAGUGGAAAAGCUGGACUUUCUCCUGAUAAUUUGGCCGACGAUCUUGGACCACUUUUCGAGACAAUAAUUAGAUGCAUACCAGGACCGCGCAUAAAGAAAGAUGGCUCACUUCAAAUGCUUGUCACGAGCACCGAGUACGAUGAACACAAGGGAAAAAUAGCUAUUGGACGCUUACAUGCGGGGGUUCUGAAUAGAGGCAUGGAUGUUCGUAUAUGCACAUCAGACGAUGCCUGCAGAUUUGGAAAAGUCAGCGAACUAUUUGUGUUUGAGAAAUUUUAUCGGGCACCCGCAGAAAGGGUGGAGGCUGGUGAUAUUUGCGCCGUAUGUGGUAUUAAUGAUAUUCAGAUUGGGGAGACGAUUGCCGAUAAGAUGGAUGGGAAGGCAUUACCUGCCAUUAGGGUGGAAGAGCCUACAGUGAAAAUGGCUUUCUCAAUCAAUACUUCACCAUUUGUUGGCCGUGAGGGAAAGUAUGUUACUAGUAGAAAUUUAAGAGACAGACUCUACCGUGAGAUUGAAAGAAAUUUGGCCAUGAAAGUUGAAGAUGGUGAAACCGCGGAUACGUUUCUUGUUAGUGGACGUGGUACUUUACACAUUACGAUACUCAUAGAGAACAUGCGAAGGGAAAAUUAUGAAUUCAUGGUGGGACCUCCGAAAGUAAUUAACAAGAGAGUUGAUGACAAGUUGCUUGAACCUUAUGAGAUUGCCACCGUGGAGGUGCCUGAAGAACAUAUGGGGUCGGUUGUCGAACUUCUUGGUAAAAGACGUGGACAGAUGUUUGAUAUGCAAGGGCUCGGCUCCGAAGGAACAACUAUACUCAAAUACAAGAUACCGACUCGUGGACUCCUUGGUCUGAGGAAUGCAAUUCUGACUGCAUCUCGAGGAACAGCAAUUCUCAACACGAUUUUCGACAGUUAUGGACCAUGGGCUGGCGAUAUGUCGACCCGUGAUCUUGGAUCCUUGGUUGCUUUUGAGGACGGAACGGUAACUUCUUAUGCUCUAGGUAAUUCUCAAGAAAGAGGACAAUUAUUUAUCAGACCCGGAGCAGAAGUUUACAAAGGUCAGAUCGUUGGCAUUCAUCAGCGACCCGGUGACUUAUCGCUGAACGUAUGCAAAAAGAAAGCUGCUACCAAUGUGCGUUCAAACAAGGAAGUAUCAGUUGUUCUUGACACACCAUUGGAUUACAGUCUAGAUGAUUGCAUCGAGUAUAUCCAAGAAGAUGAAUUAGUGGAAGUGACUCCCAAAAGUAUACGAAUGUGCAAAAAUCCGAAGAUGAACAAAAAGGCUCGGUGAACACAAUCACAAGAUCACCAAAAAGAGUCGUUGGACGCUAAUGGUUUAUUAACUCCGUCGAGGUUUUGGCAUCGGUGCACCUCACACCGUCCAUGCUAGCUCCAUUAGGUAGCGUAUUAACAUUGCAUCCAACCCUCCUCAGACCCUACCUCUGUGUGGGGUAUAUCGUGUUCCUUAGAUUAUUCUUCAUACCCAUCUCUCACUAGUGAAAUAAAUCGUUUGUAGCGUAUGAUAUAGCAUCGGUUGAGUUUUCUUGCUCAUUCUGUAGUCUGUAAUGGAUGUAUAUGAUUGUCGUGAAUACGAUAGGCUUAUCAUCGGGGACACUUAUUGUGGGUAGUGAUGAGGAAUCGUUUACUAGAACUGUAUUUGCGGAUCUUAAUUUCGAUAUUUGAUACAAGAUAUACAAAAUAUUGCUCAUUUGUAGAGUAA